UGUUGAAGUCGGAGAGAUGUGCAGAGAUCGACAAGAUAUUCGGAGAUUUCUUGAUACAUAUGCGGGAUCUGCAACGCUUUUCCGUGCCGGAACGAUGAACGCAUCGGCAUGGUUACACAAGUGUCACCAGAUUCUUGAGCUGACGGUAAGGCGAGGUAUGUCGAAGAUCUGCCAUGAUCAUCACUCCGCAAUCACAUGCAAUAACAUGGAUGUGUUCCUGCAGACAUCGGCCCCAUACCAAGUCUUUCGCUCGAAUUUCUACAACAGACAUCACAAACGAAGAGAACAGACCGCAGUCAUGGCCGCUCUCGCAUCAAACAUCGUCAGCAACCCCUGGUUCUUCGAACCUCUCCAGAUCUUCGCAACUCUCGGUGCCGCUGUCAACUUCGGUGGUUCAGUACUGCAAUCGCCUCUGAUUAUGCCCACUGUGACCGACCAUGUCGUUGGAGUACCAAUCCACUACACAGCUCAACAAACCGCCUACCUUCUCCACAACAGCGAGCACUUCUUCCCUCCCCUCAACGCUCUGUGCUCGCUCUCCAACCUCAUCCUCACAAGCACCGCAUUCCUCCGCGCCCGCGACGGCAACCUCAUUGCCGAGGCCAAGUUCCCCAAGCUCGCUGCCGCAUUUGGCUUGAACGUCGCAACCACGGCUUGGGCAUUGUUGAUCCAGGUGCCCAUGAACAAGAGAAUGACCAGAUUGGCAGAGAUCCUCAAGGCUGGUGUUGCCAACGGCACCGACAAGGAUAGCAGACAGAAGGCUGCUGAGACCGAGUUCAGAGAGCUGCAGUUGAGAUGGCGCAAGCUGAACUAUGGUCGCGCUGCCAUCAUGAUUGCCAGUGCUGUCGCUGGUGCCCUUGCGCUGGUCGCAAAGCCC